AAGAAGCAACAGCCUUCUGCUAAACGGAUGGCCACUACCGCUCGCGCUUUCGAUACCAGUGGAAAUAGUGGCUUCCAGUACGUCUAUAUCCCAAGCAAAUUCCGUAUGAAAACAAAAGAGCUCCGCCAACGUCUUCGCAUUCUGGGCUUCGACAAUUCACGCAUCCUCGAUGUACACUAUCCUGACCGUCAGGUAGUUGCACUUUUGCUCCACAAUGAUUACCAUCCUGCUUUUCUCCAAAACCUUGAACGUCACAAAAUUACUUUGAUCUCUGAUUUUAAUCCUCGUAACCCUGCUCAUCUCCGCGAUCCCAAAUUUGCAGACUUGCCGGCAAAUGAACGUCAAACCAAGGCUAAUGAGAUCCAUGCACAACGCCUUGAACGAGCCCUACGUUUUAUCCGACCACCGGUCAAAUACGCAGUUGCUCGUUCCUUUUACCAACAACAAUGGAUUGAUGAAGACACGCUCCGGUCAGUUCUU